AUUAUAUAUUUACUAAUUAUAAUAGAAUGACAUAAUUAUUCUCUUUUAUUAACUAAAUGACUUAUACAUAUACAUACCAAACACAAGAAUUCAUUUGACAAUGAAUUCUACAUGGCAAUUCAUUUUAUUUGAAUAUGAUGUACCAAACACAAGAUUUCAUUUGACAAUGAAUUCUACACAGUAAUUCAUUUUACAAUGAAAUGAAUUCUCGAUUCAUUUGGUACCAAACGGCCUGUUAGACUCAUAAAAUAUAAAGCUCAAUAUUGCUCAUAUAGUGUAUAUUUGUAUAUGUAAAGUGUAGACCACAACAUAUAGACGCCUAAUUUAGAUAAAUUUCAUACAUUAUGAUGGAUGAAAACUUGAAAGGAAGGUCAUUUCCAGCCUAUGAUAAUUGCUAAGAGACUAAGUCAAUUUACACAAACACAACAAUUCAUUAACCCAUAAUACCAUUGUUAUAAAUUUUUGUUAGGUGAAUACUUCUAUACUAAUCGUAAGAUAAUUGUCUUAGUUGCAUGUAUUUUUGUUAAGGGUCAACUAUAACUACGUGUUGAUUGUUAUGUUUUACUCAUUAUAUAAAUUACGAAUUUUUGCAUUAACCGGGAAAUUUUCAUCCGUCAAUGAUAAUGCAAUUUUAUAUUGGUUAAUCUGGUUAACCAAUUAAUCCAACCGAUUAAACCUUAGUUUGGUUAAUUUGGUUGUUGUAUCAGUUUGGACGGUUUGGUUAUGAUAUUGUAUUCCAUGGUUAAUGGAAUUUAGCCUUAUUUGGUUUGGUUAUAACCAUGGUAACCAUUUGAACACCCCUAGUUCUUGGUCCUAAUUGCCCCAUUGUUGUCCAACCAAAAGUUAUGGGAACCUAAUUGUAACUUUUGUAUAGUUUUAGGUUUAUUUUGUAGUGUUUGUUUAUUUUGUGUACUAAAUAGGACUUUUAUGUUUCAUUAUAUAUACUAGGUUUGUAAAUGAUUAAUGUAACUUUUCCUCUUUGAUCAAUGGAAAUUGGAAACCAACAAAAUGGUUUUCCCUUUGUUCUUUGUUCUUACAUUUGUAUCUGAGCCACAAAUCGAUCUUGUUCUUGAUUUUCCUUGGUUUUGUUUUUUUCUUGAGUUUCUCGAAAGUGUUAAUUGUCUGGAUUCAUUUUCCUGUUGGAGAAUGGAAAGCCGGAAAUCACUCGAAGGAAAUCAAGCCAGCUGCAAAAGUUUUCUAAACUGCAAAAAUUACCUUCCUUGAAGAAAUUCAAGUGCAACGGUCGACCAGCAAAGGGUAUUUAUACCUUUCAUGAAGAACAGUGAUAGGUGCUUUUUGCAAGAAGUGGUAUAGGGCUGAUUGCAUAGUGGGUUAAUCAACAGAGGCACAUGAUCUGUUCGAUUAACGGUGUAACAGGUCUGGGAUUGGGAUCCGGGUGACUUUACAUUGCUUUCGUUUUGUUGUUCUUGAGUCUGGUAUUUUUAUCUUCUUGCUUGAUAGUUUAAAUCAAUAAAAAUCAGAGUCUCCUAGAACUCAGUGAAGUACUGAGUCUAGGACGAGGACGUACCCGGUAGAUUGGGGAACCUCGUUAAAAUUCGUUUGUGUCCUCUCCUCUGGCUGUGCUACUCUGUUUCUGCCUUUCCUCUGUUUUUGUUCUCUGCAACUGCUCGAGGCUCUCUUCACUCUGAGGAAGAAGAUGAUCGCCUCUCUGUCCAAAUUAUGGGCUGAAGAUAGCAGGCUUUAGUUUUUGUCCAUUUCAUUUCAAUUAUCCGUUAGUGGGCUUGUGAGACAUUUUGGGCCCAAUCUGGAAAUACAAGAGAAGAGUCACAGAAAGAGAAUCGAUCUCUUCGUAUCUCCUGGUUCUCCUUCAUUUCCAUUUUCCCCAAAUUCUCUCAAACCCUAAUUCAAUUCUGCCCUCCUGAUCUGACUAAUAAGUGGUAUCAGAGCCUGCCCUUGAAGAAGCUCACUCCUGCCAUAUCAGAGCUCACUGUCCACAGACCUUGAAGGCAAAAGAGCGAGCAAUGAAAGCCACUUGGAGCGACUAUGCAUCAGAGCCAGACGAGGAACAAGAAGAUAAUCUGGCAUUUAUGGCCUUCAGCAGUGAUCUGGACUUGCAGACUAAAAUGUCUUCACAGGAUGAUGAAUCAGGUAGUAUUAAAUCAAAUCAGUUAUGGUAUCUUGACAGCGGGUGUUCCCACCAUAUGUCUGGUAAGAAAGAACUCUUCUCUACUCUUCAGAUCAAACGUGGAGGAAGGGUUGUUUUUGGUGAUGACAGUUUCAGCACUAUUGUUGGAACAGGAACCAUAGGAAAAAAUCCCCUACCUGUGAUAAAUAAUGUUCUUUUAGUAGAAGGACUCAAACAUAAUCUACUUUCAAUCAGUCAGUUAUGUAGUAGUGGAAACAAAGUCAGUUUUGAGUCUUCUCGUUGCAUAGUUGAACGUAUCAGUGAUGGAUUGAUUCUGUUUGUUGGGUCUAGGCAUAAUAAUAUGUACAUCAUUAAUCUUCAAGAUCUUGAUGCCUUUAAUGAAUACUGUUUUGCUGUCUCUUUUCAACAAAAACUCCUAUGGCAACUAAUGUCAAACUUGAUUUAGACGAAACUGGUGAAUUGGUUGAUGAGUCUAAAUAUCGUGGCAUGAUAGGUUCUUUGCUCUAUUUAACGGCUAGCCGACCUGAUAUCCAAUAUGUUGUGUGUGUUUGUGCUCGCUUUCAGUCUCAACCAAAACAAAGUCAUUUAACAGCAGUAAAACAUAUUUUUCGAUACCUAAAAGGCACAAGUGAUGUCGGUAUUUGGUAUGCUAAGCAAGAUCAGUUUGAUCUUCUUGGUUAUACUGACUCCGAUUUUGCUGGGAGUCUCACUGAUCGAAAAAGUACUUCUGGCUGCUGUCAAUUUGCGGGUACUUCGUUGGUGUCCUGGUUUUGUAAAAAGCAAGGAGCUGUGGCUCUAUCCACGGCAGAGGCCGAAUAUAUUGCCGCUGGCAGCUCUUGUGCUCAGCUCCUUUGGCUUAAGAGUCAAAUGAAAGAUUAUGGGUUGCAAGUUUCCUCUAUCCCUUUGUACUGUGAUAAUACUAGUGCAAUUUGCAUGACUAAGAAUCCGGUUCAGCAUUCACGAACGAAACAUAUUGAUAUUAAAUAUCAUUUUAUUCGUGAACUUGUUAAGGAAGGACUUAUUUCCCUGCAUCACAUUCCUACGGAAUUUCAGUUGGCCGAUGUGUUUACUAAGCCCCUUGCUGCUGAUCGCUUUAAUUUCUUAUGCUAUGAAAUCGGGCUUCGCUCGCUGUCAUCUCUCACUGAGAUGAUAGGGGAUACAGGAUCCUGAGCUGAUUGCUUGGGAUGCUUCUGUAUUGUAAUCUUUAGUUUCCUUCUCUUUGUGCUUUUAAUGUAGUGUCUUUUCAAUUACUGCCUUGAAUUCAUGAGUUGCCUCGUUUGUGGCUGUUAGGGUUGGGUGUUUCCGUUCUUCAGUUUUUCUUUCCUUUUUUUUCCUGCUCUGUGUGUUUUGGUAAGUUUUUUGCUUUCCCUCUUUUGGUGGUUUCCUUGUAGUAUUUAUAGGUUUAGUAGCUUCGUCUGUUCUAUCAUUGUUCUCUUCAUAGUUCUUUUUAGCCAUGGCCCUUCUCUUUCUUCGUACCUUCACAGGAACUAUGUUUCUGGAUCCUAUUCCAGCCAAUGCCCAUCGCCACACUCUGUUUUUUGAAAACCGUCAGAUUUUACCUACCUAUCAUGUUCAACUUGAUGAACUGGCUGAGGUAGGACUUGAUGUGCGUCCUUUUAUCCAAAAUCUUGGCUGGAAUUUUCUUCUGUACCACCAGUUUUCAACCAUAGUUUGUCCUGAUGCAGUCCGGUUCUUUUACUCAAACCUUCGGUUUACUACUGUGCACUCCCGUUUUUUCACCACCCUUGUCUUUGGAAAUCUUCUCACUGUUCCUGUCGCUGAAAUUGAGCGUGCUCUUAACAUCCCUGUCAAUGGCGAGAAUCUUGCAGACGAGUCUGAACUCGGUCUGUUUAACUUUGAUCUCGCUGAAGAAUUCCAUCAGCUUACUGGUCAGUUUCCUGGUCCAAAUCUCUCUAUGCCUGUCUCUGCCAUUUUACCUUCCCUCAGAGCUCUCCAUUUUUUCAUCUCGCGAGUGUUCUUGCCUCGCUCUGGAAAUCUGAUGAUGAUAACCCCUGUUGAACUAUGGGUCUUAGCUCAUGCUACUCAUGGCAUCCCUCUAAACUAUGCUCCCUUGUUCUUUGGCUCUAUCAUCUCCUUCUGUGAUGUGAACAUCUCUUCUCCUCUUCCGUUUGGCUGCCUCAUCACAUCUCUCCUUCUUCGCCUGCGGGUUAAUCUUCAUCCCUUCGCAACCAUCACCCCUUCCCUUUAUCUCACUGCCGACGAUGUUAUGGAUCUUCUGGAAAUAGCAGUUGAGGGGGAGAAUGACGCCAACCACAUACUAGUUAUCAGCAGUGACUCCGACUCUGACUCGUCUAGCAGCAUCUCGGAUGAUGCACCAGAAUUGGAGUCGUUUGCUGCCGCUCUUCGUGCUCUUUAUGGAUCUGAUUCAGACAACGAAGAAGCAUAGUAUCAGAAAGGAGCAAGUUAUUUCCUCGUAGAGAUUAUCCUUAGGGGGAGGAGUUCGUUUUUAUCAUUGAUUGACUUUCUGCUGUGGUUCCUUGUGUGAGCCUGUGGUUUGCCUGACCUGGCUGUGGUCGUGAAUAGUGUUUUUGAAUGUUGGAUGUAUGUUGGAUGAUUGCUGGUUUGCCCGACCUGGCUGUGAUCUGAAUGGUUGUUAUUUAACUGAAUGUUUGCUUUAAUCUAGUUAAGUUAUUGUCUGCUUUGAUGUCACUCUGUUGGGUGGAGAUAGUUUGUUAAUUCUUGCAGGGUCGAUAGGCAACUCGCUAUUUUCAACUUAGGGGGAGAUUGUUGGAGAAUGGAAAGUCGGAAAUCACUCGAAGGAAAUCAAGCCAGCUGCAAAAGUUUCCUAAACUGCAAAAAUUACCUUCCUUGAAGAAAUUCAAGUGCAACGGUCGACCAACAAAGGGUAUUUAUACCUUUCAUGAAGAACAGUGAUAGGUGCUUUUUGCAAGAAGUGGUAUAGGGCUGAUUGCAUAGUGGGUUAAUCAACAGAGGCACAGGAUCUGUUUGAUUAACGGUGUAACGGGUCUGGGAUUGGGAUCCGGGUGACUUUACAUUGCUUUCGUUUUGUUGUUCUUGAGUCUGGUAUUUUUAUCUUCUUGCUUGAUAGUUUAAAUCAAUAAAAAUCAGAGUCACCUAGAACUCAGUGAAGUACUGAGUCUAGGACGAGGACGUACCCGGUAGAUUGGGGAACUUCGUUAAAAUUCGUUUGUGUUCUCUCCUCUGGCUGUGCUACUAUGUUUCUGCCUUUCCUCUGUUUUUGUUCUCUGCAACUGCUCGAGGCUCUCUUCACUCUGAGGAAGAAGAUGAUCGCCUCUCUGUCCAAAUUAUGGGCUGAAGAUAGCAGACUUUAGUUUUUGUCCAUUUCAUUUCAAUUAUCCGUUAGUGGGCUUGUGAGACAUUUUGGGCCCAAUCUGGAAAUACAAGAGAAGAGUCACA